AUGCGAGCAGAGCUGACUUCCUUCAAGCACCAUCCCAAUGAGGCAGUGAUUGAAGAGUCUGUUGUACUGACUAAGAACUACCAGCAUGUCCUGGCCUUGGCAUUUGCCGUAAAGCAAAUCAACGAAAACAGCCACCUCCUACCCAAUGUCACGUUUGGCUUCCAUAUCUAUGACACCACUUUCAAUACAAAGCAGACCUAUCAUGCCACCUUAAAACUUCUGAGCACAAGCAGAAGGCUUAUCCCCAACUACAGAUGUGACACCUGGAACAAUCUGGUUGCAGUCAUUGGGGGACUUGAAUCUGAAACGUCUCUCCAUAUUGCUACCAUCAUACGGAUCUAUAAUAUUCCACAGGUGACCUACGGCUCUGCUCCAGAUAUGAGUGAUGAAUUCAUGGGGCUUUCCUUCUACCAGAUGGUCCCAAAUGAAAAUUUUCAGUACACAGGAAUUCUGAAGUUACUUUUGCAUUUCAGGUGGACAUGGGUAGGAAUCAUUACUGUGGAAGAUGACAAUGGAGAAAGAUUUGAGCAGACAAUGCUUCCCAUGCUUUGGAAGAAUGGCAUCUGUUUCGACUUUAUAAAAAAAAUUCCGCAAAUGACUUAUUUCAAUGAUUAUUUUAACUUGGCGCAACUGAUGUGGAAAACAUUUGACAUUGUAAUGGAGAGUAAAGCCAACACUGCUGGGGACAAAAUUUCCUUUGAUCACAAUGGGGCCCUGGAAGCUGGAUUUGACAUUGUCAACUGGAUCACAUUCCCAAAUCAAUCCUUCCUCAGAGUGAAAGUUGGAAAAGUGAAUCUUCAGACUCCCGUAAAAGAAUUCACUAUUAAUGAGUCUACUAUUACAUGGCACAUUGGAUUUAACCAGACAUUGCCUAUUUCUGUGUGUACAGACAGUUGCCAUUCUGGUUAUCACAAAAAAAGAAUAGAAGGGGUGCCAUUUUGCUGCCAUGAUUGCAUCCCAUGUCCAGAAGGGAAGAUUUCUAACCAGAAAGACAUGAACGACUGUUUCUGGUGCCCAGAAGAUCGUCACCCAAAUGAAGAUCAGGAUUUUUGCACUCCCAAAGUUGUAAGCUUCCUGGCUUUUGAAGAGCCCUUGGGAAUCAGCUUAGUCACUGGUGCUCUUUCAUGUUCCUUGAUCAUAGCUCUUGUGCUCGUGGCAUUUAUGAAGUAUCAUGACACUCCUAUUGUAAAAGCUAACAACAGGAAUCUUACCUACCUUCUCCUUCUCUCCCUCCUGCUCUGCCCCCUCUGUGUAUUGCUCUUCAUUGGCAGACCUUGGAUACUGGGGUGUCUAUUUCGACAAACUGCCUUUGGCAUCAUCUUCUCCAUGGCUGUUUCUUCUGUAUUGGCAAAAUCUGUCACUGUGGUUCUGGCUUUCAUGGCCACCAAGCCUGGUUCUAAAAUGAGGAAAUGGGUGGGGAAAAGACUGGCCUCCUCCAUUGUUCUUUCCUGCUCCCUUAUGCAAGCAGGUAUUUGUGCUAUAUGGCUGGCAACCUCUCCCCCAUUCCCAGAUGUUGACAUGCAUUCUGUGACUGAGGAAAUUAUACUAGAAUGCAAUGAAGGGUCUGUGAGAAUGUUUUACUGUGUCUUGGGGUACUUGGGUUUCCUGGCCAUUGUUAGCUUCACUGUGGCUUUCUUCGCCAGGAAGUUGCCUGACAGUUUCAACGAAGCCAAGUUUAUCACAUUUAGUAUGUUGAUCUUUUGCAGUGUCUGGUUAUCUUUUGUCCCAACCUACCUGAGCACCAAGGGAAAAUACAUGGUGGCUGUGGAAAUUUUUUCCAUCUUAUCAUCCAGUUUUGGCUUGCUGGGUUGUAUAUUUUUCCCAAAAUGCUACAUUAUUGUGCUAAGGCCUGAGCUGAACAAUAGGGAGCAACUCCUCAGGAAAAAAAACUGA